UGGAUGAUAUUGCGGCAGAGUUUUGAACUGAGUGAUUUUUUAAUGCUUCAGUUCCGUGUUUGGUCCCAUUGGGGACACCGUAGCCUCCGCUUCCCUUGUUGUCAGUAUGGCUUCCCCGGACUCGCAGCCCAGAUUCGGACAGUCUGUGAAGGGAUUGCUGUCCGAGAAAGUGAGCUCCUGCAGCGGCGAUGUGAUUGCGCUCACUCGGCAGGUGUUGAAAGGCUCCCGCAGCCAAGAGCUUCUUGGACAGGCGGCCCGGAAUAUGGUUAUGCAAGAGGAUGCUAUACUACACUCUGAAGAUAGUCUAAGAAAAAUGGCAAUUAUAACAACGCAUUUACAGUACCAACAAGAAGCCAUUCAGAAAAACGUUGAACACUCAAAAAACCUUCAGGACCAGUUGAAGCACUUGCUGAAGUAAGCUUUGUUGUGAAGAGGCACAGCCCAAGCAGAACAUGCUGAUUGUGGCGAAUCGCAGAUGAGCAGUGUGCUCUUCUUCUUCAUGUCUUUCACAUGCAUGUUCCAGGUUUCUUUGUUCCAGCCAUGCAGGAUUAGAUUUUCAUCCAGAACUCAACACACUCGAGAAUUCCAAGGUAGAACAGUAAACUGAAAGGGCCCUGCAGCUCGCUAAUGCCUUCAUCAGUGACAUUGUUGCAUGGAGAGGUAACUUGUUAUACAAUCAAUGCCAGGGUAUCUCUCUUGUACACUUGGAUGCCCCCUUUUUUUGUACAUACUGUUUGAAUGAAAUGUUUCACUCAGUUAAUAAAAUCAUUAGAAAAUUAAA